AUGCAUUGGUAUGAUAGAGUAUACGAUCCAUGCAGACAUUCCAACGGAUAUUCCACACCUGAUGCAUACUAUGGACCCGGUCAAGUUAUUACGAAAGGGAGUGAGCAACAACAUAAAACGUUUUCUUAUGCUGAUUAUCGUUCGGGAAGGGAAGUUCGAUUAUAUGGUAUUGUAAACCGACUUAUUCCGGGUACAGACGCUGAUUCUCUAAUAAGUCAGAUUGUUAACGAUUUACUACCUUUCGAUCGUACAACGGACCACAUAUUGAACAAAGAUCCAUCUGAUCGAGAUAUAUACUGUUUGCUGGAUGAAGUGUUGCGCAAGGUUCAUAGAAUUAGCAUAAAUGGCAAUGCUGAAGUCAGAAGUUCACUUAUUGAAAAUGAAUUACGUGAAUCAGUUGAAGCGGAGAUGAACAAUUUACGAGAUGGAAAUUGUGUAAAUCCAACCAAUGAUGUAAAUCUAGCAAGCUUCACACCAAUGAAUCUACCAAAUAGUGAAACGGUAGUAGAGAAAUUGAAUGUGAUGGAGUUUCUCAAUUUCUACAAGGAUAUCAUUGAACGAGUCGAUCAGGCAGCGAAUGAGGAUGAACAAAAGCAAAAGAAUUCAGCUCCAACCAAUCAAGUUAAUCUAUCCGCUCCUCCAUUUAAUCAAUAUGACGAAUGCAUGCCACAAGAAUCACAAUUUCAGUACCCUAAUCAAUAUCCUAAUCAGUGCCCCAAUCAAUAUCCUAAUCAAUACCCCAAUCAACAUCCUAAUCAAUACCCCAACCAAUAUCCGAGUCAAUACCCCAAUCAAUAUCCAAAUCAAUACCCCAGUCAGUACCCCAAUCAAUAUCCUAAUCAAUCCCCCAAUCAAUAUCCUAAUCAAUCCCCCAAUCAGUACCCCGAUCAAUAUCCCGAUCAAUACCCCAAUGAAUAUCCCAGUCAACAUUCCGAGCAAUAUCCCAAUCAAUACCCCGAUCAAUGCCUCAAUCAAUACCCUGAUCAAUACCCCGAUCAACACCCCAAUCAAUACCCCAAUCAGUACCCCAAUCAAUACCCCAAUCAAUACCCCAAUCAGUAUCCCAAUCAAUACCCUAAUCAAUAUCCUAAUGAAUAUCCUAAUCAAUACCAUAAUCAGUAUCCUAAUCAACAUCUUAAUCAAUACCCUAAUCAGCAAUCCGCUCCACAUCUUGAUCAAUAUCCCAUGGAAAACUCUUAUCCUUUUCUUGAACCAGCUUCAUAUGACAAUAAUGACAAUCACCUGUAUGGAUCUUCUCAAUCAAUGAAUUCAAAAAAAGGAGGUGGUUUCGGUAUUAGGAAAUACGUGCCUGGCGGUGCAGCUUUACCGCCUAUUCCGGAAUCAGUUGAAGGAACUGAAAAACGAUGGAAUGGGAAAGAUGAAUAUCAGAGGAAUGGUUAUAGACGAUGGAAUUGCAACAUACCCAAUAAUCAUUUUGUGACAUCACCUAUUGUGGAAGUUGAUCACAGCAGCAAUAACAAUGAAUUCCAUCCAAUUGGAAAAGCAGAAGCUUUUGAUCCAGACUAUACAGAGAAUAAUGAUUACAAUGAAUGCGGUGAAGUAAGAAACACGGGAAAUGAUGAUAAGAUUAACAUGUUUUAUUCUUCAAGUUAUGGCGAAAAACUUUAUACCAAUUCGUCAGCUGCACUCGUCUUUGUUUAUGGCAACAAAAUGUUCAUUGGUAGUAUCGGCGAUUCACGAAUCGUUCUGUUGCGCCAAAAAUGUCAUUAUUUGGAUGUGAUGUAUUUGAAUGAGCCACCACUUGUGUGGUAUCCUAUUGUUUCGUCAAAAUAUCCAACCUUCAAAAGUAGACGUUACAUUCUAUUUCAAGAACCAAUCGUUCGUGGUGGAUUUGUGCUUAAUGAAUAUUCGAUAUAUCUUUUAAUGUUCAAUGAUGGUGUCGUUACAAACAUGUUGAAUUUUGAUGAUCAGUGCCGUACUUCCAAUGAAAUAAACCGAAGAGCUGCUCAUAUGAUCUUCAAAAUUCUUGAAAAGUAUCCUGUAAAAGAUAUCUCACAAAGAUUCAUAGCACACAUCAGACAUAGUUGCAAUCGAAAAUACAAAUCAGAUGUCGAACAAAAUGGUUUGAAACGAGAGGGCAUGUCGUUUCUGUUUGUUGACAUCAAAGAAUUGGUUCCAAAAAUUCCAACCUACGAUGAGCUUUUGAGUGCUUAUAAACCGCAGCUGAAACUACUGGAUUCAGAUCUACGACCACAUCCAGAAAUGACAGAAUACAGAUCUCUGUUGGAACCGGAUGAGGAAGUAAUGAAGAAUCUUUCAUCGAUGGAUAAGGUAUCUGAUAUGUUACAGGAAAUACACGAUCGUGAGGAAAGAGAACAUCAAGCAGAAAUAAUGAAUAAUUCUAUGGUUAAUGAUAAUACGUGGAUAUUUGUAAGAAGCGAUCUGAAUGGAACUGGACUUUUGAAGUGA